AUGGAGAAAAUUGUUGAAAAAGGUGAUGUUGAUUGUGUGGAGAUUCAGAAAAAUGAUAAUGGGGAUGAUAGCAAAAUAUGGGAUGAUAAAGCUGAAUCUGUGUUCAUUGAUCUUUUGGUGGAAGAAGUUAAAAAGGGAAAUCGUGUUACUUCAACCUUUUCACCAACUGGAUUCGCAAAUCUCAUUGCUUGUUUGAAAGAGCGGUUGAAAAGAGACUAUACUAAGACUCAAGUGAAGAAUAAGUUUAAUGGGUUAAGGGGUAGACUCAGAGCUUUCAAGACAUUGCUUAGUCAUACUGUAGUGGGAUAUCAAGCUUCAACUGGUUUUGUUAGUGCAGAAGAACAUGUUUGGGAAAGUGUUAUCAAGAUUCCUGCCGAAGAUGAUAAACUAUUUAAUGAAUAUGAAAAUUAUGAAGAUGAAGAAGGUUCGACUUCUGGGGUUGAACUACCACUCACUGAGUUCAACGUCAGCUAUGCAGCAACACGUGAGAUGACCGAGAAGUGUGAUGCCAUUGCUAACCAGUUAUGGAGUGAUAAUCAUGUUUAG